AUGUGCAUUGUGUAUAAAAGUGUGAUUCGCAAAUACAAAUUAAGUGGGCAGUCAGCGUUGAAGGAACACAUUAAGAUUUGUGGGGGACAUAAACCUAUCUUACCUGAGAUGCCGAAGGAGGGGGAGUGUGCUGAAUUCAAAGCGUGGAGAAACACUCAAAGACACCCCCUUGUAAUUUACGCUGAUUUUGAGGCGAUCUUGGUGAAAACGGAGGAGAAGAGAGAUGGGAGUACAACGGUUAUUCAGAACCAUGAAGCGAUGAGUUACGGGGUUUUAGUGAAGGCGAGCGAGGACGUGCCGGCAGAGUUAUUGUUUCAACACGAGAUACCGGCGGGGCCGGUAAUCUACAGAGACAGUGAAAACAGGAAGGACGUGGCGAAACAUUUUGUGGAGACGAUAGUUGAGGUGGCCCGGAAAAUCGAAGGUCUAAUGAAGACGAAUAUUCCAUUAAUCAUGACCGAGGGCGAAGAAAAAACACACCAAGAGUGUAGUCUGUGUAACUUAUGCAAUUGCAUAUUAGCCGGGGGCGAUAAGGUUAGGGAUCAUGAUCAUUUGACAGGCAAAUUUAGGCAGACAUUGUGCUCGAGGUGUAACUUUGAAUUACAACAGCCUAAAUUUGUCCCCGUUUUUUUUCAUAAUCUCUCAAACUACGACUCGCACUUCAUAAUAUCUGAACUUGGUUAUGACACCCAGGCUAUCAACAUUAUACCGAACAGUGAAGAGAAAUUUAUAUCUUUCUCGAAAUAUAUAAGUAGUACCUUCAGUGUUCGGUUUAUCGACACGUUCAGCUUUAUGGCGUCGAGAUUGUCGUCCCUGGCUGAAAAUUUGGUUACACCCGAACAUGAGAACUUCCGUGAGACAGCUAAACAUUUUGUCGCCGGAAAUGUGCCGCUCGUGACUCGAAAGGGGGUGUACCCGUACGAGUACACGGAUAGUUGGGGGCGGCUGGAGGAGAGACGAAUACCGAGGAAAAGAGAGUUUUAUAGUACGUUGACGGAGACCGGGAUAAAGGAGAGUGACUUUGAGCAUGCAAAGGAGGUCUGGGACCACUUUGGUUGCAGGACGCUAGGCGAAUAUUCUGAUUUAUAUUUAAAAAUCGACGUUUUAUUGUUGGCGGACGUCUUUGAAAAUUGUCGUGAUGUCUGUAUGAAGACAUACAAUUUGGAUGCAACACACUACUUCACCGCACCCGGGCUGAGCUUUGACGCAAUGUUGAAAUUUACAGGACAAAAGUUGCAGCUGCUGACUGAUUAUGACAUGUUGUUAAUGUUUGAAAAUGGUAUUCGUGGGGGAUUGGUACAGGCAAGCAUGAGGUACGCGAAGGCGAAUAAUAUAAAGACCCCAGACUAUGACAAGACUAAGGAUAAAUCGUGGUUGAUAUAUCAGGACUGUAAUAAUCUCUAUGGUUGGGCUAUGAGUGAGUACAUGCCAUACGGGGACUUCAACUGGGCUGAAUCCAACUUGAACGGAUUGAGUGAGAUGUCACCAACGUCAGAUAAGGGUCGAGUAUACGAAGUCGAUGUAUCAUACCCACAACACUUGCACGAUCAUCAUAACGACCUGCCUUUCCUAGCGCAAAAUGGUAUACCACCAGGCUCGAAGGUGCAUAGAGUUUUAGAGUUCAGUCAGUCUGCAUGGUUGGCAGAUUACAUUAACUUAAACACUGAAAUGAGGAAGAAGUUUUUUUUAUUUUCUAGGGAAGACUAUGCAAUCGAAGAGGAAGGAUAUGAAGAUAGAGUUGGUUUCAUGUGA